GGCCCUGUGCUGGGCUUUCAGACUCACCUGUACCAGCUGUGAGACUUGGGCACCUCUCUGAACAUUAGCAACUGGGUCCCGAAAAUUAGGCCUCACCAUGGAGCCGCUGAGCGUGGCCAACACCCGGUUCGCUGUGGACCUCUUCCGCACCCUGAACGAGAACAGCCCCACGGGCAACAUCUUCAUCUCCCCCAUAAGCAUUUCGUCGGCGCUGGCCAUGAUCUUUCUGGGGACCAGAGGCACAACCGCGGCUCAGAUGUCCAAGACUCUUUACUUUGAUGCAGUUAAGGAGAUUCAUUCCAGAUUUCAGAGUCUGAAUGCUGACAUCAACAAGGACGGAGCUCCCUAUAUCUUGAAACUUGCUAAUAGGUUAUACGGAGAGAAGACCUAUAAUUUCCUCCCUGAUUUCUUAGCUUCGACUCAGAAAAUGUAUGGUGCUGAGCUGGCCAGUGUGGAUUUUCAGCAUGCCUCUGAGGGUGCAAGAAAGACCAUAAAUGAGUGGGUCGAAGGGCAGACAGAAGGGAAAAUUCCGGAGUUGUUGGCUGCAGGUGUGGUUGAUAAUAUGACUAAACUUGUGCUAGUUAAUGCCAUCUAUUUCAAGGGAAAGUGGGAGGAGCAAUUCAGUAAAACCAGCACGACCGAUGCUCCUUUCAGGUUGAAUAAGAAAGACACAAAAACAGUGAAAAUGAUGUAUCAGAAGAAGAAAUUUCUGUAUGGCUACAUCGAGGACCUUCAGUGCCGUGUGCUGGAGCUGCCUUACCAAGGCAGGGAGCUCAGCAUGGUCAUCCUGCUGCCCGAUGACAUCGAGGACGAGGCCACGGGUCUGAAGAAGAUCGAGGAACAACUGACCUUGGAGAAACUGCAUGAGUGGACCAGACCUGAGAAUCUGGGUCUCAUCGAAGUCAACGUCCAGCUGCCCAGGUUCAAGAUGGAAGAAAGCUACAACCUCACCUCUCACCUGGCCCGCCUGGGGGUAGAGGAUCUCUUUACUAGCAAGGCUGAUCUGUCGGGCAUGUCAGAAGCCAGAGAUCUUUUUGUAUCAAAAGUUGUCCACAAGUCUUUUGUGGAAGUAAAUGAGGAGGGCACCGAGGCGGCGGCCGCCACAGCAGGCAUCGCCACCUUCUGCAUGCUUAUGCCAGAGGAAGACUUUGUGGCCGACCAUCCAUUCAUUUUCUUCAUUCGACACAAUCCCUCAAGUAACAUCUUGUUCUUAGGCAGACUCUCUUCCCCUUAGAGACUCUGGAAAUACAAGGCCACACUCAGCUGUAUUACCGGCACUUUCAAUGGUGAUAGUUUUCAUGUAUCUUCAGCAAUAAACCUACCAUUCCAAAACAAA